GUGUUGCUGCUCCACCACCACCACCACCAUCACCACCCAUCACCACCAGUACCCGGCCAACCGCCUCCACCACAGACGCACCACCACCACACUCACCACCACCACCACCAUCACCACCGCAGUGAAUAAUUGAUGAGUGAAUAGAAUUAGGAAAGAGUGAAGAACUGAACGACAGAGAAAGAAAAAGAGAUAAAGAAAAACAAAAAAGAGAGAUUGAGAAGGAAGAAAGAAAAUAAAAAAAAAAAAACAAUACGACACGGGAAGAAACAGAGAGAGAGAAAGAGUAAAGGGAGAAACAAAAGCACAAACGAGCGAGGAGUGAAGAGAAAUUGAGACAGAGACAAGAAAAGUAAAGACAAAUAACAGAAACAAGAGAUAGAGAAGUUAAGCUAUAGACAGAAGUGAUGGCGUCUCUUCGGUCAAUCCGCGCUGGUCUGUCUCGUUCAUAUCACUCUCUUAACACAAUGGGAGGGCAUGACGAGGAAACAGGAGGAGGAGAAGGCCUGGGAGGAGGAGGAGGAGGCAGAGAAUAUAACAACAGCACCUCCUCCACCUCCUACGCUGCCACUACUGACUGGCUUGGUGUCGACAACUUCAGAACGAAAAACAACAACAGGACCUCUUCCCCUCUAUCCGCUAUCAAGGUUGCCCUAUCCAAAGUCUCUCGUGGGAGGCAAAAUAAUUCUUCCAGUAAGAUCUCCACCAUCCUGAAGGAGCUGGAUGAUGAUUGGGGGAUCAGUGAUGAUGGUACGGAGGGCGAUAUUAUCCUAGGGAAACUUCGCGUCUCUAACUCCAGAAUGCCUUCAUCCAUAGCGGUGCCGCCCGAACAGGCCUCCCUUCUGGGCACAAUGCCCGGGGAGGUGCUGGAUGAUGCUGAGCUGCGGCAGGUACAGCUGUCCGUGGCGCCCUCCCGUACCCUCAGCGAAGACGGCUCCACAGGUACCAAGGUGACGGUGGACACGCCCCAUGGCCCCGUCACUGCCGCUGUCUCCGGUGACCCCACGCGACCUGUCAUCCUCUCCUAUCAUGACCUGGGCCUCAACCAUGUCACAAACUUCCAGGCAUUCUUCUUGUACCCUGAGAUGAGGAACGUGGUGAACAACUUCUGCAUCGUUCACGUCAACGCCCCAGGCCAGGAGGAGGGCGCCCCCACCCUGCCGGAGGGAUAUGUGUAUCCCACCAUGGAGGAGCUGGCCGACACCAUUACCUGUGUGAAAAACCAUUUGCACCUCCGUUCCUUCAUUGGGUUCGGUGUGGGUCUCGGCGCCAAUGUGCUGGCUCGUUACGCCACUAAAUACCCCAAUUAUGUGGAUGCGCUGGUGCUGGUGAAUUGCUCCUCCACGCAGGCUGGGUGGAUCGAGUGGGGCUACCAGAAGUUGAACAUCCGCCACCUCCGCUCUGGCACUAUGACCACCGGCACUGUGGACUACCUCAUGUGGCACCACUUUGGAAGAGGCAAGCUUGGCAAACUGGAGGAGUGUAACCAGGAUUUGGUGACUGUUUACCGCCAACACUUCGAACGAGCCAUCAACCCCACCAAUCUCGGACUCCUGGUUGACUCGUACAUCCGCCGGUCUGACCUGGGCAUUGUGAGGGAGCUUGACCCCAACAAGAAGAAGGACGUUCGAAUGAUCCGCUGUCAGGUUCUCAACAUCACCGCCAACCUGUCUCCCCACAUCGAGGAUACUGUGACCUUUAAUGGCCGCCUGGACCCCACCCUUGCCACCUGGAUGAAGAUCCAGGAUGUUGGCUUAGUGCUUGACGAGGCCCCAGGGAAGGUCGUGGAGGCCUUCAGGCUGUUCCUCCAGGGGCAAGGCUAUGCAGUGAGUGGGUCUCGUCGUGCCUCCAGCGUGUCGAUUGGAGAAGCCGUGCACAGUCGAGGGAUCGGGUCGCGUCAGGGCUCCAUCGCGUCUGUCACCUCCUCCACCACGAGCUUGAGGGACCUGAGGGAAGCCAGGGACAUCCACAUCACAGAGAAUCCCCUGCAGAACCCCACAGCAUGAGAAUACCCAGUCCAUCGUAACAGAUCAGACUCACAGGACCACUACUAUUAUUGCUGCUGUUGUUGUUUUACCUUCGCCAAGUUCCUCGUGACGCUCCCAAGGUCGCGGGUUUUCUUCCUUUGUCUUUUCGCUUUCCUGUGCUUCCUCUUCCUCCUCUGUUUCUUGCCCAUCUUCACUCAGCCCUUCUCGCCGUUUUUGUAGUUUUUUUAUUUAUUUAUUUAUUUUUCUUAGUGGUGUUUUGCUGUUUCUGUAGGUUUUUAGAUGUCUUUCUUGUGCUUUCCUAUUUUCUAGUUUCUUCUUCCUCUCUGUCUCCCUGUCUUUUUUUUAUAGUGUGUCUGUUUUUUACCUGAGAUUUUUUUAUAUUAUUAUUUUUUAGCUUAUACUUUUCCUAUUCUGUGUUUUGUAUUUUAUCCAUCUAUUCCUGUCUGUCUGUCUGUGUCUGUUUGCGUGUGUCAGUGACUCUCCUUUCUCUUUUCUUGCCUUGCUUAACUCUCUCUCUCUCUCUCUCUCUCUCUCUCUCUCUCUCUCUCUCUCUCUCUCUCUCUCUCUCUCUCUCUCUCUCUCUCUCUCUCUCUCUCUCUCUCUCUCUCUCUCUCUCUCUCUCUCUCUCUCUCUCUCUCUCUCUCUCUCUCUCUCUCUCUCUCUCUCUCUCUCUCUCUCUCUCUCUCUCUCUCUCUCUCUCUCUCUCUCUUAUCCCCAAAAUGUCUUCAGUUGUUGCUAAGUCCUCUUAAGAUAAAUUUAUUCUUAACAUCUUUCUUCUGUUUUUUUAAUGCAUAUUUUAUCAUGUUUUAUAUUGUGAAGCUUUUAUGUACCUCAUUCAUUCCCCCUUUUUUUGUUAUCACUAAUCUUCCCAUUUUUUUGUGUCAAAUUAACAAUAUUAUUUCUAGUCUAGGUAGUUGGUGGUGAUUCUUUCAGUGAAUUUUUAGCAUCAUAUUCUGUACACCUUUACACAGCACCUCCACUACUUUCCAAAGGCUCUACUUGAAGUGACACGGGUUUUCAAGGGUAUUUUUUAUGUUUUUAGUGGCAGAUCAACAAGAUUUCUACAUUAUGAAUGGGGAAACACUCUUUUGAGAGCCUCUAAUUGAAGUGAUGUGGGUUUUUGAAGGGUAUUUUCAUGUUUCUAGUGGUAGAUUAACAAAAUUUCUACAUUAUGAACAGGGGAAGCAUUCUUUUGAGAGCCUCUAAUUGAAGUGAUGCGGGUUUUCAAGGGUAUUUCCAUGUUUCUAGUGGCAGAUUAACAAAAUUUCUACAUUAUGAACAGGGGAACCAUUCUUUUGAGAGCCUCUAGUUGAAGUGACGCAGGUUUUCAAAGGUGUUUUUAGUUCUAGUGACAGACUAACAAGAUUUCUACAUUAUGAACAGGGGAAACACUCUUUUGAAAGCCUCUAGUUGAAGUGACACGAGUUUUCAAAGGUGUUUUUACGGUUCUAGUGACAGAUUAGCAAGAUUUCUACAUUAUGAACAGGAGAAACACUCUUGGGAACCAGGCUAAUUGUCCGUGGCCUUGGAAAACAGUCGUGGUGAGAGGGCUGAGCUUUUCAGAAUACAGUCUUUAUCUUGCAGUCUUGUGUUGUAAUUUCACGUAUCAAGGUUAGAAGUGAUUCAUAAUACACAUUUAUACACCUGAAUACCUUUAAUGAGUUGUAUUAGUAUUUUGUUGUCCUUUUAUUUGUAUAUUUUAUCAGAUAAGGUUAGUAUUGUUAUCCUUACGUACAUACAUAUACAAAUACAUUUAUUAUAUAUAUAUAUAUACUGUAAUUAUAUACAUAGAUUUUAAAUGAGUUUGUUGUGUUUUUUUAUUUGUAUACCAUUUACUUUUAAUUGUGGUUAUUUUGUAUACUGUGUUUACUUUUCUUUAUUUUUAUUGUCUUUCUUUACUUAUUUAUCACUUUAUUUUUCCUAUCUCUCAUUUCGUACUUUCUUAUUUAAUCACCCAGUCUUUUUCACAAUUUUCACCUAUUUUAUUUUUUCAAAGUUUUCAUUUUUUUUUUUUUUUACUCAAAAUGUUCUAUCACGUAACCAUUUUUCCCCUUCCUUCCUUCCUUCCUCUUCCCUUCCUCUCUCCUUCCCUUCACUCUUUUUCUCCAUUGGUCCUUACACACUUCAACUCUCAGCCGUCCCAAGUUAACAUAAUACUAAUAAUACAAAUUAAUACUAACGACACUGAACAAUUCACAUACGUAUACAAGUCUUAUGCAUAUUUCUUCAGGUUUUCCUUCCCUCAUGUAUAAAUUGAAGGAGAUUUUAAGCAAUACUGAAUCAAUUUAAUGUUAUACACACAACAUUUUUAUCAAGUCAGUGUCUGUUUUGGAAUCUAUUUUACUAUUAUUUUUUUUAUCACGUGUUCAUAUAUCGGUGUUUGUUAAAAAGGGGUGAGUGACGUUUAUAGAUUCCCUGGUUCAUGGCGUCUAUAAUCCUUCACGUGGAGGUUCUCGUGUUGUGAAUGUUCUUGAGGGACAGAUGAAGAGAUCACAGUACAUAUUUGGUUUCCGGAAAGGGAGAGAAGUUUGAUGUGUACAUGAAUUUUUGGGCUCUUUAUAUAUAUAUAUAUAUAUAUAUAUAUAUAUAUAUAUAUAUAUAUAUAUAUAUAUAUAUAUAUAUAUAUAUAUAUAUAUAGACACAAAUGUUAUAUAAAAACUGUUUGUUGUUGACGUUUUAAAACACGGAUGCAGAAUUGAACACAGGCUUCACAAGUGUGUGUGUGUGUGUGUGUGUGUGUGUGUGUGUGUGUGUGUGUGUGUGAAUCUCUGGAUCUUUUACUUACAAACAAGCACCACAGUAUUUGGAUAACGAAUUAACACAUUACUAGAAGAACUGAAAGCAAAAUAAUAAGACAGGCUUAGCCCACGCAUCAACGAAACAAGCGGCAGAUUCAAAACACAACAAAACACAUUACACAAAAGAAAAAAAAAAAAAAAAAAAAAAAAAAGUUCACGAUAUCAAAACAAGAGCAUCAAGUCACAUCUGCCGUUCUUGCUCUCAUGACUCGACGCUCCCUCAGAUCCAAGCGGCGGCCGUUGAUGGAAAGCCUUGCCGUACCCGGCCCACCGCGACACUGUAAAAAGUUAACCCAGACAAUUCAAACAAGCAACUCCCCAGCACACAGACCGGGGAGCGCGGACAGUUAGAUAGCCAGCAUUAGUGAGAAAUAAACGCCUAAAAGCUUCCACCUUACUUAUCCUCAUCCUCCUCUUCCUCCUGCUCCUCUAGCCAGCCUUACCUGCUUACCAACCCCCGGGGCCGUAGUCAGGAACACCACAUCAUCUCAAUAAAGACCAUAGUGGGUGUUUUUCACGCUUUCAAGGGCGUUUUUUCACGAUUCUUUUCAUAGUUUUAGGAUUGUAUAUCACGUGACAAAAAGAAAAAAAGAAAAAGAAAAACACCAAUGAGAACGUGGCUUAUCAUCUCCGUGGCUUUUGAAAACUUGAAGAUAGGAAGGUGUUCACGGGUACGGUUCCUUAGCACCACUAGGAUGCCUUUACGAGUGAAUACAGAGCCUAGACAAGCGUUCAUUUGCAAUCUAACAUCACACAGGGGUUAUAGAGAUCUAGUGCAUUGACUCGACUGUCCCUGUAGACCGAGCAGCGUAGGUUAUGCAUACGACAACCCUUGUCACCCUUACCCUCCUCAUCAUUCUCUCCCCUUCCUCCUGUUCUGAUAAACGCGAGGGGUCCACACGCCCACCUUGCAUUGAGCUGUAUAGUCUAGUUAUAAAGGGGGCCUGUUCAAGUUAUACAUGCUAUGUGACUCCCUUGUUAGCCGAGUUAUGUUAAUUUGAAGUGACACUGCACAGCGUAUUACUGGUUCACCGCGCGUGUGUGUGCGUGCGUGUGUGUGUGUGUGCGUGCGUGUGUGUGUGCGUGUGUGUGUGUGGUGCAGUGGUGGCUCUAUUAAUAAAGUUAUCUUCCACUAA